CAGACUUGCGUCUUGGCCAGAUUUUGCAGCUUGCAGGUUUUGUUGUGUUGCGACUUUGGGACUAAGUCCUGCAGAUCCUACCAGUUUUGACUUGCUUUAACAAUUUUCAAUCUAUCGAAUAUUACGAUAUCUGAAACGUACAGAGUUAUUGCCAGGAAGACAGGAAUUCGAUUUGAUUAGUCAGUCUGCAGCGUGCUAUUGUAUCAGGGACGGUUCUGAAGUUAUUGAAAAAUGACUACCGUUGAAGAGUUAAUGAAGGACGAAGUCCUGUCAGAGUUAGCUGACGAUAUAGCACGUCUGACGAAUGACGAACUGCGUAGUCGUGCACGACUUCUGGACAGCGAAGUGAAGAUAAUGCGUUCGGAGGUGAUGCGGACAAACCACGAAAUCCAGUCCAUGAAGGACCGUAUUAAGGACAACACGGACAAGAUCAAAAUGAACAAAGUUCUACCAUACCUUGUGUCGACGGUAGUGGAGAUCUUAGACGUGGAUCCGAAGGAGAUGGCCGAAGAGGAAGGUGCUAAUGUCGAUCUGGAUUCUGUGCGCAAAGGAAAGUGCGCCGUCGUGAAAACAUCGACACGUCAGACCUUCUUUUUACCUGUGGUCGGUCUGGUUGAUCCGGAGGAACUUAAGCCAGGAGAUCUCGUCGGUGUCAAUAAGGAUUCGUAUCUCAUUUUGGAAAAAUUGCCAGCGGAGUAUGAUGCGCGCGUUAAAGCCAUGGAAGUGGACGAGCGUCCCACUGAGCAGUACACGGACAUUGGUGGCCUGGACAAGCAGAUUCAGGAAUUGGUGGAAGCGAUCGUCUUACCUUUGACCCAUAAGGAUCGUUUCGAACGACUGGGAGUUCAGCCACCCAAAGGAGUUCUACUUUACGGGGCACCGGGUACCGGCAAAACACUGAUGGCCCGUGCUUGUGCUGCCCAGACUAAAUCUACCUUCCUUAAACUGGCCGGUCCACAAUUGGUUCAGAUGUUCAUUGGUGAUGGAGCCAAGCUUGUACGCGAUGCUUUCGCCUUGGCAAAAGAAAAAGCUCCAGCUAUUAUUUUCAUCGAUGAAUUGGACGCCAUCGGAACUAAACGCUUUGACAGCGAGAAGUCUGGUGAUCGCGAAGUGCAGCGAACGAUGUUGGAGCUGCUCAACCAAAUGGAUGGAUUCAGUUCUUAUGCUGAUAUCAAAGUGAUUGCCGCGACAAAUCGCGUUGAUGUGUUGGAUCCCGCUUUGCUACGCUCGGGUCGCUUGGAUCGUAAAAUUGAAUUUCCACAUCCAAAUGAGGAUGCGCGGGCUCGGAUCAUGCAGAUUCAUUCGCGGAAAAUGAAUGUAAGCCCCGGGGUAAACUUCCAAGAACUGGCGCGGUGCACGGACGAUUUUAAUGGAGCGCAGUGUAAAGCAGUCUGUGUAGAAGCGGGAAUGAUUGCUCUGCGUCGGGAAGCUGUUCAGGUAAUGCAUGAAGACUUUAUGGACGCUAUUCUGGAAGUUCAGGCGCGGAAGAAGAGCAAUUUGAAUUAUUAUGCUUAGUUUUUAUUUUCUUUUGCUAUCAUGUUUCUUUGCUUUUCUUAUAACAUUUUUGUGUAAAGGCAGUUUUAGUCACGGACAGCCUUGAAAUCGGGAAUAGGCGAUUUCUGAUGAAUAAAGGUGUUCUUUCUUG